UCCGUUAUUAAUUUUUUCACAGGAUUAGCGCAACUUUUUCUUUAUUUUUUUUCACUACAGGAAUCAUGAUUUGGUUCACUUGCACCCUCUUGUGGACUCUGGCUGGCAGCACUGAGAUUUAUAACAAUGUCGCCCUUCAGAGCCGCUCUACUCAAUCUUCUACUGAUUCUUUAAGCUCAACAAUAAAUGCCAUUGAUGGAAAUGUGGAUCCAAACUUUUGGCAAGGGUCUUGCUUCUCUACUAAGCUUGAGGCUUCACCUUGGCUGAGAGUGGAUUUAUUGGUAACUCAUAAAAUAUCCCACAUAAUGAUCACCAACAGAGGGGACUGCUGUGCAAAUUACAUUGAUGGAACAGAAAUUCUUAUAGGAGACUCACUGGACAACAAUGGCAAUAACAAUCAAAAAUGUGCUACAGUUUCAUCAAUACCACUGGGUGGCACUCUGACUUAUAAUUGCUUCGAUACAAAGGGACGAUAUGUGAAUUUGAUCCUACGGGGAAAAACAGGGUAUCUCACAUUAUGUGAACUUCAGAUCUAUGGAGUACCUGUGACUGAGGGUGACAGAACUGAAAAUACAAAUCUUGCCUUUUAUGGCCGUGCAACUCAUUCCACAAAUUUUAACGCUUUGAGCUCAGCACUGAAUGUCAUAGAUGGCAAUACAGAUCCAAUCUACAGCCAGGGGUCUUGCUUUUCUAGUGUCAACCAGCUUUCACCUUGGUUGAGAGUGGAUUUGUUAGCAACAUAUGAAAUUUCCCACAUAAUGAUCACUAACAGAGGAGACUGCUGUGCUGAGUACAUUAACGGAGUAGAAAUACUUGUCGGAGACUCCUUGGCCAACAAUGGGAACAAUAAUCCAAGAUGUGUUCAAAUCGCUUCAAUACCACUAAGUGCCACUAACACCUUCCGUUGUCCUAAUAUGAAGGGACGAUAUGUGAAUUUAAUCCUGCGUGGAAAAACAGGAUACCUCACAUUUUGUGAAAUUCAGAUCUAUGGAACACCUGUGCCCAACGAUGAACACAUCAUCUGCUUAAGAAAAGAUAACCUCGCCCUUCAGGGCCGCGCAACCCAGUCCUCAACUUUUGAAUUUUUAGGCUUAGGAAUGAAUGCUAUAGAUGGGAAUACUGAUCCGAUAUAUGCCUCCAGGUCCUGCUUCUCUAGUAAAAGUGAACUGUCACCCUGGUGGAGAGUGGAUUUGUUGGCAAGCUAUAAAAUAUCCCAUAUAAUGAUCACCAACAGACUGGACUGCUGUGCAGAAUAUAUUAAUGGAGCAGAAAUUCUUAUUGGAGACUCACUAACCAACAAUGGGAACAACAAUGCAAGAUGUGCUCAGAUUACAGCAAUACCACUGGGUACCACUUUGACCUUCCAUUGUUUUGAUAUGAAGGGCCGCUAUGUGAACAUUGUCCUACCUGGAAAAACAACAUAUCUAACAUUUUGUGAAGUACAGAUCUACGGUACACCUGUGUCGGAAUGCUCUGCCUGCUAAAAAUGAUGAGAAUCCAUAAUAUAAAUACAACAAUAUAAUUAAAUUUGGGUGAAUGCAGGAAGGCAAAUUAACCUCUCAACUACUGGAGACUCUAAAGAACCCCAGGAGGAUAUCUUCCCCCAAAGACCUUGGUUCAAUCACUGAUGUAGCAAACAUAGAGUUAAGGUCUCUGAGGGAGAAUCUCUUCACUGCUACAAAUAGACACAUUUAUAUUUCCCUAAAUAUAGGUAAAUAUAUUCAUUACAAAAAGUAAAUAGUAGGAACUGUAAGGUACCAGAUUUUAUCUUGUGUGCCACAACCAAACUGCUGUCAGUGCCACUGGAAACAUUUGUAUUUUACAGCCUCACAUAACUGGGCAUAGUGAUUAGUUACUCAGGUCACAAGCACUGCAUUAUAAUAUAAAAAAAGUGCAGCGCUAAAAUAAUUUAUAAAAAGUGACAAAAAUUCGUAGCAUAAGAGAGGGGAAUAAUGUAUCCAUGUAGUUAAAACGUUAAUAAAAUGAAAAAAAGACCAUAAAGCAAAGUCCAACAAUCAUCAAA